AUGCUCAGCCGAUUACUUAGCUCAGUCUCUUCCAGGUCUCUUCAGCGCUCUUUUGCAUCUAAAAACAUCAAGUUCGGCAGAGAUGCCCGUGCACUCAUGCUAGAAGGCUGCAACAAGCUUGCUGAUGCUGUCCAAGUAACUCUUGGUCCAAGAGGGCGUAAUGUUGUUAUUGAUAGACAAUUCGGAGCUCCAAAAAUCACAAAAGACGGUGUAACAGUUGCCAAAGAAAUUGAGCUUGCUGAUAGAUACCAAAAUAUUGGCGCUCAGCUUGUAAAACAAGUUGCAAGUCGUACCAAUGAAAUUGCAGGAGACGGGACAACAACAGCUACUGUAUUGGCCAGAGCAAUAUUUGCUGACUCCCCUCUGUGUGUGAACAAAAACAAUGGAAAAAUCCUAUUUCUUUCGUAAAAACCUAACCUUUUGUGAGCGGACAAAAUUAUUUUAUUAUAAAAAUUUUUAUUAAAAAGUGUUUAGACAUAUAAGUGAUAAUUAAGAUUAAGAUAAUGAAAUCUCUAGCUAAUUCUGUUUAAAAAUUGUAUAAAAAUAUGAAUUUUACAAAUUAAUUUACAAUUUGCUUUCCAAUUUUUGCGAAUUGAGGAUUUUUUAAAUUUCGAAAAAUAAAUUUUAAUAACUUUACAUCGUGAGUGAACAAAAUUUUUUUGUACUUACUGAGGGGGGAGUGAGGGUGUUAAAUCAGUCGCAUCAGGGGUUAAUCCUAUGGGAAUUCGCAGAGGGAUCUUGAAAGCUGUAGAUGCCAUUGUAAAAGAUCUCCAUAAAAGAUCAAUAAAGAUCAUAGACACCAAUUCUAUUAGGAAUGUCGCAACUAUUUCAGCAAAUGGAGAUACAACUAUUGGAAAUUUGAUUGCAGAAGCUAUGGAAAAGGUCGGAAAAGAUGGGACUUUGACUGUUCAAGAUGGGAAAACAUUGUAUAAUGAGCUUGAAGUAGUUGAAGGGAUGAAAUUUGAUAGAGGGUACAUUUCUCCUUAUUUUGUGACUGAUACUAAAACCCAAAGAGUUGAGAUGGAAAAUCCUUUGAUUUUAUCCUCUAUUAUCUAUAAUAUUAUUAUAAAAAUUAGUAUAUGCAAAAGUAUUAUUCAAUAUAAGCCUGCUUAUUAACAGACAAAAAAGUCUCAUCAGUUCAGUCAAUUCUAGCCCAUCUAGAAUUCGCCAUGAAGACUGGAAGAAGCAUCCUUAUCAUUGCGGAAGAUGUUGAAAGCGAAGUUCUAGCUACUUUAGUAGUCAACAAGCUUAGAGGAGGCCUCAAGGUCUGUGCUGUAAAAGCACCUGGGUUUGGCGACAACAGAAAAAACACUUUAGUCGAUAUUUCAGUCCUCUGUGGAGCCAAUCUUGUAUCAGAAGAACUCGGAGCUACCCUCGACUUAACUUUUCCGAAAAUUGACAAGAGAAUUUUCUGGCCAGGCUAUCGAUCGAGAUCAAACUUGUAGCCCUAGAAGCAACUUCCGUUAUCACGCUGACAUAAUGCCCGAUUGGCCAAGCCAACGCAGUCUGAACUUGCAGGGCUAAUCCUUUCAAAUGUUUCAUCCUCCUCGGGGUAAAACCUUGCCCUAGCAGUCGGCUAGCCCGACAUUGCGUUCUGUCAAACCAAGGAAAACCUGGCCAGACACUCUCAUUGCAAGCCGAUCUCCCGUCCAUAAGUUCCUCAGACUCUCCUACGCUAUUUUUAAUUUUGGGAGCUGCCCUCGACACUUCAGAACCAAGCGUAAUGGGCACUGCUAAAAAAGUCGUAAUUACAAAAGACGACACAUUAAUUCUUGACGGUGCUGGUGAAGCUGAAGCUAUCAAAGAAAGAGUUGAACAAAUCAGGCAGCAAAUAGAAAUCACGAAAAGUGAUUAUGAUAAAGAGAAGCUUCACACAUAAAAAUGGUGUAGAGCCAACUUAUCAUCUUAAGACCUGUAGCCAGACAAGAGUCUGAGAACAUGUGGAAGGGAAAUCGGCUUGCGAUGAGAGUGUCCAGCCAGAUUUUGCUUGGCCUGGAGGAGCGCAAUGCCGGGCUCGCCGACCGCCAGGGCAAGGUUUUACCCCGAGGAGGAUGAAGCGUUUGAAAGUGAUUGCCCUGCAAGGUCAGAGUGCGUUCGAUUGGCCAAUCGGGCAUUUUACAACGAUGCCGGGAGUGCUCCUGGGCUACAAGUUUCAUCUCAGUCGAUAGCCUGACCAGAAUAAAUUCAUUUUUGAAUUAACCCCGUCGACUCUCUGCACAGUGACUCAGCGUCUUUACCUCCUGGUACAAGUGCAGGCCCUUGUCCAGAGGCAGCCGCACAAGCCUUAGGCUGCGGAAUAAAACUGGCGAGCAAGGGACGAGAAAAGCCAGUGGGCUGGAGGGAGCUGCUCUAUAAUAAUUUAAUGAAUGAGUGAUAAAGAGAAACUCCAAGAAAGACUUGCCAAGAUUGUAGGUGGCGUUGCCGUAAUUAAAGUAGGAGGUGGCUCUGAAGUCGAAGUCGGAGAAAUCAAAGACAGAAUCACCGACGCUUUGAAUGCUACAAAGGCAGCUGUAGAAGAAGGAAUCGUUGUAGGAGGGGGUGCUGCCCUUUUAUAUGCAUCAAAGAAGCUUAAAGCAAUUAAAAAAGAAUCAGAUCCAGACGAACAAAUUGGGAUUAAAAUGGUAGAAAAUGCAUGCAAAGUACCUUUGAUGACUAUUGUAGAAAAUGCUGGGAGAGAUGGAAGCGGAGUUGUUGAUUACUUGGAAGAGCUCGGAGAUGAGAGGAUUGGAUACGAUGCUGCAAGCCAUGAAUAUGUGGAUAUGGUUAAAGUAGGAAUUGUGGACCCAACUAAAGUGGUGAGGACUGCUCUUGAAGAUGCUUCUAGUGUAGCUGCUUUGAUGACUACCACUGAAGCUAUGAUUGUGGAUGUACCAGAAAAAGUAGCUGCCCCUGCAGGUGGAAUGGGAGGAAUGAGCGGAAUGGGAGGCAUGGGAGGUAUGGGAGGAAUGUAUUAA